GCUAGUGACGUUAGCCAGAGUGACGUUAGCCAGAGCUACGUUGGUGUCAUCGUCCUGUCGGUGUUGAGGCUUAACAACAUAAACAAAAAUCUUGAUCUCGUUCCCAGCCACGAACAAAUAUUCCCACUGGAGUCUCUAAAGAGAUGAACAACACCGGGAACAAGAGAGCUCCAACGACAGCCACUCAGCGACUUAAGCAGGAUUACCUCAGGAUAAAGAAAGACCCAGUGCCUUACAUCUGUGCAGAGCCUCUCCCCUCCAACAUCUUAGAAUGGCACUAUGUAGUCCGAGGUCCUGAGAAAACCCCAUAUGAAGGAGGAUAUUACCACGGAAAGCUCAUAUUUCCUCGGGAGUUUCCCUUUAAACCUCCUAGUAUUUAUAUGAUAACACCAAACGGAAGGUUCAAGUGUAACACAAGGUUAUGUUUGUCCAUCACAGACUUCCAUCCAGAUACGUGGAACCCAGCGUGGUCCGUCAGCACCAUCCUUACAGGUCUGCUCAGCUUCAUGGUGGAGAAAGGACCAACACUGGGCAGCAUUGAGACGUCAGACUACACGAAAAGACAGCUGUCAGCCCAAAGCCUGGCGUUUAACCUCAAAGACAAAGUGUUCUGCGAGCUCUUCCCUGAUGUAGUAGAAGAAAUGAAGCAGAAACAGAAGGUCCAAGAAGAGUUGAGCGCCCGCACACAGCCCCUCCCCUUACCGGAUGUGGUGCCUGAUGGAGACCCUCAACAAGCCCAUUACGGCCUCCCAGUCCUCAAUGGAGGACCGGUCCCUGCAGGGGGCGCCAACCCGGCCCCAGGCCUGCAGCAGGGCAAUCGCAACCAUGGACUUCUGGGAGGAGCUUUGGCCAACCUGUUUGUGAUCGUAGGCUUUGCUGCGUUCGCCUACACAGUGAAGUACGUUCUGAGGAGCAUAGCUCAGGAGUGAGAGGAGGCGCUCUGCUUCCUCCGAAAGACUCAGACUUUACACCGUGGACACCUGGAGGAGGGACGCUCAGUCCGCGGUUAGAUCCCUCCACAGCUACUUCUGCCACCGUGGACCUCAGCAGAAAGAAACUCGAAGCUCCCGUCCUGCGGCUGGACUGAGAGCAGGAGUUUGGGAGCGGUUUUUAUAU